AUGAUUGCCACAACCUCGUUCCUCGCUGGCUUCCUAGCUUUUGGAAUUGCCUUUGCUGCUCCUUGGAGCCCCUUCCAGCUCGGUCCUCCAGCCAGUCACUUUGAUGGGUAUGGCAACGGCUUCAGAGGUCCCCACGGCGGUGCGAGCGGCAGUACCAGCAGCAGCGGCCGUGGCAGUGGCAUCAACGUCCAGCUAGGACCACGGCCGUACUACCUGGUCGACAACAUGGAUGCGGGGCCGCUCAAGGAUAAGCUGGAGUCUUGCUCCGAAGGCCCGUUCAGCACGUCUGACUUUGUUGUCUCGCAUCGGGGUGCUCCAUUGAUGUUCCCAGAGCACUCAAGGCAAGGUUACGUUGCUGCUGCCCGGAUGGGGGCCUCCAUUAUCGAGUGCGACGUCUCUUUCACCUCUGACCGCGAGCUUGUCUGCCGUCAUUCCAACUGCGACCUCCACUACACCACGAACAUUUUGGCAAACGCAACACUUGCGGCAAAGUGCACGCAGCCAUUCACUCCCUAUAACGCCACGACGAGGACGCCUGCUAGCGCCCAGUGCUGCACAAGCGACAUUACGCUCGCUGAGUUCAAGUCUCUAUGCGCAGAGAUGGAGGCAUCGACCUUCAAUGCACUCAACGUCAGCACGACCACGAGCCCGAAUUUCGGCCGCAUAGGCGUCACUCCCGACUGGCGGACUAACAUGUACUCCUACUCCUGCGCUGAGCCAAUGUCAUUACGCGAUCAGAUCUCACUCGUAGAAAGCUAUGGUCUUAACUUCACAGCCGAGGCCAAGACGCCGGUGUUCUACCCGACUCCCUUCCAAGGCAACUACACCCAAGCAGAUUUUGCGCAGCAGAUCGUCGACACAUUCGUCGACAUGGGCAUCGACCCGAGCCGGGUCUGGCUACAGUCCUUCUUGCCGGACGAUAUCUUCUACUGGAUCGCAAAUGAUCCCGCAUUCGGCGUCCAAGCCGUCUACCUGGAUGAGCGCGCAGACCUCUCGCCCACCGGUUACGAUGAGGCUGUCGCUUCGCUCCCCGGACUUGCGGCUCGAGGUGUGAAGAUUAUUGCGCCCUCCACCUGGCAGCUCGUUACCGCAAACAAUGCCACCGGACAGAUUGUGCCGUCCUCGUAUGCCAUCGCAGCAAACGCAGCUGGUCUCGAAAUUAUUACAUGGUCUCUGGAGCGUUCCGGCCCGCUCAACACCGGCGGCGGAUACUACUACCAGAGUGUCAGCAACCUGAUCAACAACGACGGAGACGAGUUCACGCUCAUUGAUGUCCUCGCACACCAGGUGAACGCCACGAAGAUUUUCUCGGAUUGGGUCGGUACUUUAACGUACUACGCUAAUUGUUUCGGACUCUAA